AACGACAUGUUAUUCUCACCAUGUGUAAAAAUGGCACUUCAUUGUCAUAAGCGGCUCUUGACCUUCCAGUUAUCCAGUUUAUAUAAACAAAAGUUACUUCACUAGUUCCAAAUGUUUCAGUUUGUAAACCAUAGUAAAACCAAAGAGAGGAUAGAUGAUUUCCGCAGCAACAAAUGUGGUGAGCCUCUCUCUCGCAACGGCGAGGCCAUUCAGCAGCUCAACUACUUUCAGUUUCUGGGUUCCAUCAUCUCCAAUGAUCUGAGUUGGAAAGUCAGUGUGGUUUUCACUGUAAACAAGGCCCAGUAAUACUUUCUCCGCCAGCUGAAGAAAUUUGGCAUAAGAUGGAACUUUCUGGUCCAGUUCUACCGGGAUGUCACCGAGAGUGUACUGACAUUCUCUGUCACCGUCUGGUGCGGCAGUCCCACCCGCAAACAGAAAGUGCUACUCCAUCGGGUGGUGCGUGCAGCGAGCUGAUGUACUGACUGUGACCUGUGGGGUCAAUCUACACCCAGUGCACUCUGUGCAGGGUGAGCAAGAUUGUGGCGGGUGCAUUCCACCCGGCCAAUACCCUGCUCUGUCUCAUGCCCUCUGGGGUCAGGUAUAGACGCGUCGGGACCAGAACUUCCCGGUUGAUAUACAGGUUGUUUGUGAAGCUAUCGCCUUCCUGAACUCCGCCAUAGCUCGUGGCAGGAUUAAUACUUGAUGGAUGCGUCCUUUCACAGUCCACGAGGCAGUGUUCAUGUAUGCAGAAAGGAAGUGUGGAUGAGAAAAGGUUCACAAUCGCUCCAGCUGUUAUCAGCAGGCAGAAGGUGAGCAUACACGAGAUUUGUUUCGGCCGGCGACAGCAGAGGGUGCCUGAUAAAACUGUUUGGUAUUUUAUCGUCUAGAGGCCUGGAUAUGUUAUCUCGAGACCGCGACACACUGUGGCAAUGACUUCAGACAAAAAAUACCCACAGAAGCUACAUCCGUUAACAUCUGGCUUUUCUUGUUGAACAUAUUUGAAUUUUAUCUUUCGACAGUAAAGUCUGAGAAACGAUUGUUUAUAACCCACUUCCAUUUAAAAAUAUGGGUAGAUAAACAACCCCACGCCAAAUCGCCAAUGCACUUUGACAAAUUCAAAAAUGUGUGUGGCCGCCAUUUUCUGCUUUGCACUGACUGGAGUCGCUUGUUAAAUGGCGAUGAACAUUUUCAAGAAGUUUCGAUGGACCUGCAUUGUGUUCAUGACAAUUCUUGGACUAGUGUCUGUCGUUUAUUUCUUUUCACCCUUCCACAACCUGACGGACUCUUCUACUUUGGAAAAAAACAAUGUGGACAUAUGCUUUGCAUGGAGAAUGACUGGUCCAGAGAAAGAUAUCAAUGUCAAGACAAGAGACAAAUGGGGAACUGGCCUGUUUGCUUUGAUAAAAACCUUAUACCUCAGAGCAACUGUUUAGUGUACUCCUUUGGCAUUGACUAUGACUUUCGCUUUGACGACGCCAUGGCAAACAUAGGAUGCACCGUCUACUCCUUUGAUCCCAGCAUGCUGGACACUCCGGACCACAAGCGUGGGGACCGUGUUUUCUUCAAGAGAAUGGGCAUCAGCGAUAAGGACGACGACCAUUUUGUACCCAGAGUCGAUGAGUAUGUUGAAAAGCGCCGGGCGGUCAACGGUUGGCCGAUGAGACGUCUGCAGACAAUCCUUGACCAGCUCGGCCACAAAAAGGAGCAGCUGACGGUGCUUAAGCUGGACAUUGAGGGCUAUGAGUGGGACGUCACUCGUGAUCUUCUUGACUCGGGGAUCUUGUCGUCCGUCCCGCAGUUUCUGGUGGAGUGGCACCUGUUUACGGACUUUCCGCCUCGAGAACGAGUCCCUGAUGCCGUUGAUACGUACUUCCGUGUGAGUGACAUGGGCUUCCAGCUAUUCUCCACAGGCGUUGUCUACAGUGGAUUUAAUUCAGCAAACUCUUUAAGAAUUCUGGCAGAAGUUGCCUACCUUAACACAAAAAUAAUUUGACAUGUCCUUCUCAUUUCUUUGCUUUACUUUAUUUGUAGCAACCCAUGCCUGAAUUCUCAUUAUGUGUUGUUUAAAUUGGAGCAACCAUUAUUAUCAACAGUUUAAUUAGCAAUUCCUGCCUUUACACAGGUGUAGCUGACCUACGUUAGAGACAUUGAUGGCAAUAGAUAGGAAGUACCUCGUCUUUUUAACACCCUCCUAAGGUUCGUUUGUAAUAACACCUGUUUACGGAUGUCCAUUUCGUUAACGAAUUCCUGUCCUGUCGUAUUUCGGGCUGAAAGUCAUCGGCUUCCCUUUCCGCAUGUGGCAGUCACGGAUUCAAUGAAGUCCUCCAUAAUUUAUCCGGAAACUGCUUCUAUCAACACGAAAUGAAUCAUAGUGAAUGAUAAUUUAUAUUAUUUGUGAAAUUUCUUUUCAGAUCAGCUAUUUAUCGUUUCAUGAAAUAUUUAGACGUAUUUAUUAAACAGAUUUGAUUUGUAAA